AUGGAGCUGUUCGAGCGCGCCAGGACGGUGCGGCUGCGGAGCCACCACGACAAGUACCUUUACGCGGACGAGGACGAGGCGCACGUGAUCCAGGACCGGAACGCGGCGUCCCCGAACGCGCGGUGGGUGGUGGAGCCGGUCCCGCACUCCCCCGGCGUGCUCCGCCUCCGCAGCCGCUACGGCCGCUACCUCUCCGCCUCCAACGAGCCCUUCCUCCUCGGCGUCUCCGGCCGCAAGGUGCUCCAGACCCUGCCCCACCGACUCGACUCCUCCGUCGAGUGGGUGCCCGUCCGCGACGACGGCGGCGGCAGAGAGCGCGCCCGCGGCGCGCGCCUCCGCACCCGGUACGGCAACUUCCUCCGGGCCAACGCGGGGCUCCCGCCGUGGAGGAACUCCGUGACUCACGACACCCCGCACCGGCACGCCGGGUGGGUCGUCUGGGACGUCGAGGUCGUCCAGGCCAUCUUGGCCGGACCCGACUCCUCCGAUGCCGGCGCCGGCGCCGGCGCCGACGACCCUUCUCCCGCGCCACCGUACAAGCCUCCCUCCCGAUCACCGUCGCCGUCUCCCGCUCCCGUGCCGACAUCCGCUCUGAGGCCGCCGCCGCACCAUCGGGAAGAGCACUCGGCGCCGUUCAGAGCGCAGCCCCCGCCGCCGCCGCCGGGCUACAUCGCGCCCCCCGCUCCUGGCCUGUACAGGCUCGAGUCGACGGAGUCCUUCUCGGUGCCGCUUCACAAGGUGGAGGGGCGAGCGAUCCACUACCACAUCGGGGACGACGACGGGGAUGUGAGCCCGGACGAGGAGCCGAGCUACCUGACGUUCAACGGGACGAGCCUGGAGGAGCUGCUGGAGAUGCUGAAGGAGGAGACGGGGCUCCAGGAUGUGAUCAUGUGCUCCCGUAGCCCCAUCAACGGGAAGCUCCUGCCACUCCGUCUGCAGCUGCCGCCGAACAACGCCGCCGUGCACAUCGUGCUCGUGCGGGAGUCGUCAAAAGUAGCAAAAGCUUUCGCAUGACGACCUUCGGUUUUCAAAAUCUGAAGAUGGCAGCAGCAAAGGGCUAGCUUAAGUCGAAUGCAGGAUUUGGGCAUCUGGUGUGUGUGUGUGUGUGUGUGUGUGUGUGUCUCUCUG